UUUUAUUUUUUACACGGAAUGAAUCAUAAAUAAAAAUUCUCCUUCACAUCGCAAAAAGUCAAAAUAGAGUGCAUCCUAUUUUGAGUGUUGAAGCUUCCUUUUCCCCGGAAAACUGCAAAUUAACUGUUGUCAGCAAGAGGGAUAAACAGCCAAAGAGAGACAAUGGACUUGGAACCCGUACUUGGGGAGGAGAAUGGCAAUGACAAUUUCCGGCCGCUAAAGACAAUCCCGGUCUUUAGCUUUCACCUGCUUGUGUCGGCGUUGAUCUCAAUUGUGGGUGUGGGCAUGGCUGUUGUCUUCCCGGACAAUAAAAGAUGCGAAGCUUACUUCCUGAUGUUGUACUUACGAGUGAUCUUCUGGUUUAUCACUUUGUUAUUCGACCAUGUGAUAAAGUACCAUCACGAUAAAUUGCGAAUGAAUGGCUUCCACGACUUCCACAGAGCCACAGGUGUACACAAAUCCGUGCCCCUGUACCUAGUCUCCCUGUGGAAUACAGCAAUAAUGGCAAUUCAAGCCCUAAUGCAGCACUACUAUGGGGAUGAUUUCGGUGAGCACUGCAUCCAGAGUUUCUUCUCACCCAUUGUCUACGUGAGUGUCUUCACGGCGGUCGAAUGUGGGAUUCUGGCCAUCAUUCAUGGCACUUACAUUGCCCGCGUGAUGCGCUUCAAUCGUGCCAGACCACUUCCGGAUGCAAUGCGGGGCUCUUUCGAGGGUUGCAGCUCCGUGGGGUUGACGCAGCGAAAUGCCGAUGUGGCGGAAUUGCUGGAGAAGCAAGCGGACCUCAUAAGCUUCCUCCAGGAUCACAAUCUCCGUCUCAAUCAGCGUCUCAUGCAGAUGAAUUCCGAAGUGAGAACAAUCACUCUUCCACCCUCGUAAAAUUGCCUUACAUUUCUUCUUUUUUUUUAACACCCACACAACCAUAUCGAUUUUCCCCCUUGAAUGUUCUUUUUUAUACAAAACAAUAAUCAACUUGAGAAUAAAGUAUAGAGCAGUAGAUUGCUAAUAAAAUGACCUAAAAUUA